UUUUGAAUCACAUUAGAUUGAGGUUUAGUUAGGGUUUCAAAUUUUCGUUUUUCGGCUCCAUUUUAGCGGACUACUCCCAUCUACGGCUUUGAGGACUGGGAAGGAAAACCGUAAAAACCCAAAUCACAAUUCACAGAAGACAUUACCAAAUGAGUACUACGGCGCAUAGAACUCCCAAAUCCUCUGGGAGUCGGUCAUUGUUUUUCCAAGAUUUGGCUUCCCCUGUGUCUACCCACAAAGGGAAAUUCUCAACACCAGGUCAGGCAGCUGCAGUAUCUGCUUUAUGGCGUGAGAAUUUUGGUGGUUCAGAUCUUCCACCCCCUCCCAUGUAUACCUUGGAGGACCGUUCAGAUUUCUCUCCUGAGUCUGGAAUUCCUGAUUACCCUCUUUCCCCAGAAAUCAAAUCAGUCCCAAGAACUCCAUUCCAGAGUUCUGGGAGGGACUCGAUGACUCCAGGGAAAGGCAAAUCUGAGGCUAGCACAUCGUUUGCAUUGAUGAGUGGUCACCAUAACCAACAGGGUUCAGCAAGUUCAGCAUGGUGGUCACCAACUAAGGCUAGUAGCAGUGAUCAAGAAGAUAAGGGGAAAGGUUCACCGGUUGAGGGUGUGGUCCAACCUGGUGCCUUAAUCACACUGCCUCCUCCAAGGGAAGUUGCAAGGCCAGAGAUGCAGAGGAACUGCUUGCCUGCAGGGAAUCUAGAUGAGGAGGAAUGGGUUACUGUUUAUGGGUUCUCUCCUGGUGAUACUAAUCUAGUUUUGCGGGAGUUUGAGAAAUGUGGUGUGAUCUUGAAACAUGUUCCUGGUCCAAGGGAUGCUAAUUGGAUGCACAUUCUUUAUCAGAAUCGAUCUGAUGCUCAGAAGGCUCUGAGUAAGAACGGGAUGCAAAUAAAUGGGGUGCUAAUAGUAGGAGUGAAGUUAGUAGAUCCCAUGCAACGUCAGGCAUUGAAUGAAAAGCUCAACAAUCAGGGAUUCAUGACUUUACCCCCAACACCAUCUUCUAGAAGCGCAGAUUUGAAGACAGUAAGAACUGCUUCUCGCCCCUACUAUCUUCAAAAUGGAAGUGGCAACGCCCAGCAAUCAGGAGGUGCCAUUGCUUCCCCAGCCAAGUCUCUAGUGUCCAAAGUCUUUGAUGUGAUGUUUGGCGUUUAGGUUGAUAUUUUGCUUACACAUAGCCUCCUCCAAUUCUUCUACAUUGAGAUACAUAACGGCUUUGGCAAUUCAAUUAUGAGGUUGAGAGUUUUCCUUUUC